UUCAUAAACAUUAUACUAUUAAUGUGAUUUCAAAUAUUCAAAAUGUUUUUAACUUCUUUCAUUUUAUAAUGAGUGAUGCUUUUCGCAAGUGCAGUAUUUCACUAUGUCAGUAUCAGUUGAACAAAAUGAUAAUGUCUUGUCUUUAUGGAAGGAUUUCAGUCAGAGCACAGGCUUCCAUGGGAUAAAUAAAUUGUCACAUUCAACAAAUAAACUUAGAUUGAUAAUUUGGUCUAUUGUCUUGUUAGCUUGUACAACAUUUUUAGUCUUGUUCGUAACAACCCAAAUAAUUGACUACUACAAUUAUCCAGUAAAUACAAAUAUGCACACAGAAACACAUUCAGAGCUGCAAUUCCCAGCAGUUACAGUUUGUAACUUGAAUUCCUUGAAACGUAACUCAAUUUUGAACGACACCAGGAUGGAAAAUCAUUACCUUAAACUAAGCUUAUUUGAUGUGUAUGCCACACCCAGUAAUUGGUCUGAUCCGUUUUUCCAAGAACAAAAUUUUUUUGAAAAGAGAACAUUAAACGAUGUCUUUCAAGACCACAAAAUCCGCUCUCAGGCAUGGGUGUUUGAUGGACGUGAUUUGGAUGCAAAAGAGUACGUGUCAUUUUUUAUACUAAGGAGUGGUCCAUGUCUUACAUUCGAUCCGAAUGGACAAAUAACAGCAGACAUCACAGGUUCAAAUUUUAACUUGAAUGCAUGGAUUGAUAUUGAUGCAGAAAACGAUUACUUUGGAGAAUCGUAUGGCACAGGGAUAAAGUUUAAAAUACAUGAUCCUAGGGAGUAUCCUGAUUUCGAUGGAAUAAGCGAGUACUAUGUGGAACCAGGGCACGAGAUUUAUGCUGCAAUUACAAAAAAUAAGUUUGAAUAUUUGUCCAAACCAUACAAGGCAAUGGGUAACAACUACUGUAGAGAAAAACGCAAUAGUGAUGGGACAGAUUAUUACUCAACACACUGUUUCAAGGAUUGUUUUGCCAGACACAUGGUAGCGUCCUGUGGUUGUAUCGACUUUACUGCUAAUAAUACUCUGUACUGUUCAAAGUUCGACGUAGAAAACUGUACUAAAGAUAUAGAUGCUACUACAAGACUUUUAAAGACAUGUGAUUGUCCAAUGUCGUGCGAAUUUACAAGAUAUGACGCUAGAAUAACGUCAAUAUUAUUUCCAUCAGAAUUUAAUGUCGAGCAGUUAAAAAGAUUUUGGCUCCCAUACUGGGAUAUAAACUAUUACCGGAAAAACCUCAUAAAUCUACGUAUCUAUUUUGAUCAACUGAAAACAAUUGUGUCAAAACAGACACCGAAAUAUUCAGCUGGAGAAAUGUUUGCUAACUUAGGAGGAAUGAUGGGAUUGUUUUUAGGAGCAAGUAUCGUAACAAUGACUGAACUUGGAGAAUUUGUUUUUACUAAUCUAUGGUUAUUAAUCACUCGACUUAAAACAGGUGGAAAGACUGCAGUGAAACCAGGGAAAGCCUAGCUUUUUCAAAUAGUUUAUGUUAUAAGUUCGUACAUAAGUUUGCACCUGUCCUAAGUCAGGAAUCUGAUGUAUAGUAGUUGUCGUUUGUUUAUGUUUACGUUUUCUUAUAUACAUUAGCGUUGGUUUCCCCGUUUGAAUGGUUUUACAUUAGUAAUUUUGGGGCCCUUUAUAGCUUGUUGUUCAGUGUGAGCCAAGGCUUCGUGUUGAAGGCCGUAUAUUGACCUAUAAUGGUUUACUUUUAUAAAUUGUUAUUUGGAUGGAGAGUUGUCUCAUUGGCACUCACACCACCUCUCCCUAUAUCUAUAAAAGGAAAUAUGCCAUUUUACCAUAUUUUACUGAAUGACAAGCUCAAUUGACAAUUCUGAAUAGUCAAAUUUAAUGUAUUUGGUGAUUUCCUUUUAAUCAUUGUACAAACAUGCGAAGUUUUACUUCUAUUUUAAUUUCAGUUCUAUCUAAAUUAGAGAGGUUCAACUUACCAAAGAGGAAUUUGUACUCAUAGGACGAAAAAUUAGAAGGCAAUGGCAAAAACAAAAAUUUCCAAAUUGCAAAAAAAUAUAUAGAAAAAAACACAUUAAAAACUGAAGACACGGACACCACAAAACUUCCAGGCUGAUCUCAUGUAGUUUUGAAGGGAAGCGGAUUCUGCCCCUUAUAUGGCACCGUGGUGUUGCUCAUGUAAGACCAAACCAAUUGAUAAGUCGAAUUGGAAAUGUCACAUUCGAUGAAAAAUUGACGGGAUUGUGGUAACAUUAAUUGGAACAUAUGCAUCGUCAAGUUUUCUAAUGGAUAAUUUAAACUACCAAUUUUUAAAAGUCUUGAUUUUGCAGCUUCCCUUUGAGUAAUAACACUAUACCAAAGACACUAUGAUAGGAAAGGCAUGUUCUGAUUAAACUUACUAACUGGGAGAUAUAUGAGUAUAUGCCGGUGCUUCUAGAUUAUUCCUACAUACACAUUUGUCGUUAAUUUGUUCUCAACCGACUCAAUUUCUAAAAGUAAGUCACGAUAUAAGGCAGAAAUAACUGUAUCUGUAGUAUUCAUAAUUCUAAAUAGCAGUUACUGAUCUUAGUUUUGUCAAUUUAUAUGUAAAUAAUUGAUGAAAUAAAGAAGAUAUAUCUUAUGAAUUAUAUUGUACAUGUAGCUGCUUGGAGACUGUACGGUAACCAUUUGCUGUUCAAUCAUUGUCCAUUGAUAUUUGAAGAAUAAGUAAUACGUUAUGUACGUGCAUAUUCACACAAUAAUGACUUCAUAUACAAGAGUGUGAUAACUGAGCAAAAACUGGUCCAACAGAGUUAUGAGGAUGCAAGAUUACAGAUGAAAUUUAAUGGACAGCUUGACGAAUUGAUUGAUCUAUACUAUGUUUCAGUGUCUAAUAUAAAUAACGAUAUUUUAACCUCGUCUUUGUUUGUGGUUAACCUUCUAUAUCGUUUGGUCUUCUAAAUAUCAAACAUUGCCUUUUUUCGACUACAACUGUUUUGCUGAGUGCAUUGCUUUUAGAAAUACAUCGAACAUUUAGUUAUUUUGGUAUGAUAUUUCACUUGCU